GGAUCACCUGUCGUCACGUAAUGUACCGCCACCAGUAGCCAAGGGCCGCUACAUAGCCAACGAAUCAAACGACUGUAAACGUAGUAGCAGGAGAACCACCUGUAGAAGUAGAAGUAGAAGCAGCGGGAUCAGCAGCACUAGAGGUUCCGCUUUCGCGGAAAUCAGCCCCCGUAGCAGGAGCACGGCUCGACGACAACGCGGCCAUCACGGAGAUCUAGAGGUCUUCGGGUGCCAACGCCGUCGCUGCCGGAACCGCCACCGGGGGAACCUGCAACGCCAACGACCAAGGCAAUGGAACUCGGACACACGAUACCAAGCGAAGAAGCCGAAGCAGCAGCCGUAUUGUUAUCGACAAUCGAAGAAGACCCCAAACCGGACCACAACGGGCGACAACCUGCGGUGUAGCGUUGGUAGAUUACGUCGAGUAGGAGUCGAUUCAUUAGCAACGCCGCCACCGUUGGCGUCGUCGUCUCCGUCGUCCUUGUCGUCGUCCCGGGUGCCGCCACUGAGGUUCGGUGUGCGGCACAGGGGGAAUAGCCAUCCGCACUGUUCCCUCUCGGCACUAUGCACCGCCUGCGGAACACCUUCACCAGGUCACGGACCCCUACCGGUGCGGAUAUGAAAACGCAGAGCAGCCUCGAAGUGCCGAAACAAGUCCGUUCCGCGUCCUUCGAUGAGAUUCAGCUGGAAGCUCAGCGUGCCAAUCAGUUCCUCAAAGUUCACCAGGGUUCGACCGAAGAGCCACCGUCCGGUUUGUUGUUGCAAGUUCCUCAACAGUCCGGGCAGCGGUCGCGAAGUUUCGAUCUGACCGGAUCUACCGAAGAAUCGCAGGCGGCUGCAUUCCUAGACGUGCCAAAGCGCUUUCAGCGGCGCAAAUCAAGCUCCAAAACUCCACCACCCUGCAUCCACUGUCUCUAUCUGGAGGAAUACCGCAAGCAGACGGGUGUGGAGCAGCGCCAGUACUACGACAAUACCGAAUAUCAGACGCUCUGCUACAGCUCAACCUCCUCCUCCUCGAGCAGCGGCGAAGAAGCGGACGAGGAAGACGAGAACGACGAAGACGACGACAACAACUACGGGUUCAACUAUAACAACGUGCAAUGCAAAUCUCUGCUGCCACCGCCUAUUGUUUCUCCCUGUGGGAUCACCUUCACCCUUUCUCCAACGAACGGAGAUGACCUCGAAGACUACGGCGAUGAGGCGCCGCCGGAUGUGGACUGCGUCGGUCCCGUUCUGCCGCCUCCUCCCAUGUUCGACAAUGACUACCACCCGCCUCUUGCGAUUCCAUCGAUCGGAUCUCCACCUCCGAUCGGUUCUUGCGCUCCUCCUUGCGCGUUCCCUCCGUCCCCGACGAUUGAAGUGCCUCCUCCUAGCUCGCCUAUCGUGGACGAAUCCGGCAACGUUGUCGGUGGUCCCACACGAACCCGACGUCGUUCCAUUUCCCGUCAGGAAGCCAUUUUUGUCGAACCGACCGGCAACUCGCUGGAGAACGUCUCCUCCAGCGUUGACCACGGUACCACGCCGCCUACCGAUAUCACCGUCAUCGUUCCGCCUCCACCCGCGGUCCCAGACGACGGCUGUGAAGAAUCGAAUGACGACAACAACGAUCUACAACGACAACGGCGGGUCCCUCGGGACCACCUUCCACUAUCAUCGGAAGCGGCGUCGAAAAUACCCUACUACAUGGAACAAAACAGCAACAACGACAAUCAACUGCCGCCGCUCUCGUUCCAAUCGCCACCGCCUUCGGCGACCCUAGGACCGGCGGCAGCGGACUUUGUCCGGGACAUUUACCUGGCGGUGCCGGACCUGAAGCGGGACCGGGCCGCCUCGGUAGAUUCGUGCUUCACCAAAAUGACUGGUGCCAAAACGGAGGAACUAAAGCCACCGGAGGGUGAGCUGACUCUCCUGGCGGUGCCAAGUAGUGGAGCCGUUCGAUCCCGCUCGGUUGACAUAGUACUCCCGACUGAAGAGCAGGCCCGCUACAAGGCACUCGCCCUCGCCGGAACAGCCGCCGGAGCCGUCAGUAUCGGUGCCAAGGGAUUAGCGCUGUUACUCUUCGUUAUGCUAAAAUCUAGCACCGAUCCCCACGGGCGGCAAAUCCGUUGUACGCCGGAUUGGAGCGAGAAUGCCGUCUCCGGGGACCAUCUCUGGGUACCGACCUCGGUUUCCGGCGAUUUUUGCUACGUCGGCGACAGUGAUUGCACGAAACACGGUCCCCGGAUGAAGUGUUCCGCCUGCAAGAUCAUCGCCCACGCCAGCUGCAUCUCGGUGCUGAUGGAACGGACCCAGCUGCAGUGCAAGCCCACCUUCCGGGAUGUGGGGGUGCGGCAGUAUCGGGAGCAAACGAAAACCCACCACCACUGGAUCCACCGGCGGACGGAGAAGGGCAAAUGCAAACAGUGCGGCAAGUCCCUGCAAGCGAAGCUCUCGUUUAGUUCUAAGGAAAUAGUUGCUUUAUCAUGUGCCUGGUGUAAAUCAUCAUAUCAUAACAAGGAAGCGUGCUUCAAUCCGGAACGGAUCGGCGAGGAGUGUACGCUGGGUUCCCACCGAGCAAUCGUGGUUCCUCCCUCCUGGAUCGUCAAGCUCCCGCGGAAGGGCAGCUUCAAGUCGUCGCUCCGCAAAACCCCCCAGAAGAAGAAGAAGGCCGGCAAGAAGGCCUCAAUACCCAAGGAACCGAAGACGUUCGUCAUCAAACCGAUUCCGACGGCCAACAUUACCCCGGUGCUGGUGUUCAUCAAUCCGAAAUCCGGCGGGAAUCAGGGUGCCAAAUUGCUGCAAAAGUUCCAGUGGCUGCUGAACCCUCGGCAGGUCUUCGAUCUGACCCAGGGUGGACCAAAGAUGGGACUGGAAAUGUUCCGAAAAGUGCCGCAGCUGCGGGUUUUGGCCUGCGGAGGAGACGGAACCGUGGGCUGGGUCCUAUCGGUUCUGGACCAGAUCAACUUUGUGCCUCCUCCGGCUGUGGGAGUUCUUCCUCUGGGAACCGGAAACGAUUUGGCCCGAGCCCUCGGAUGGGGUGGAGGUUACACGGAUGAACCAAUUGGAAAAAUUCUGGAAAACAUCGGUCAAUCCGAUACAGUUCUACUGGAUCGGUGGAACCUUAAAGUGGAGCCCAAUGCAUCGAUCUCAAAUCCGGACCCCGGCAAAGACAAUCUACCCCUGAAUGUAGUCAACAACUACUUCUCACUGGGCGUUGAUGCCCACAUCGCCCUAGAAUUCCACGAAGCCCGAGAGGCCCAUCCGGAGAAGUUCAACUCGCGGCUUAGGAACAAGAUGUUCUAUGGCCAGGCGGGCGGUAAGGAUCUCCUCAAGCGAAAGUGGAAGGGGUUGGCGGAGUUUGUGACCCUGGAGUGCGACGGCAAGGAUCUGACGCCGAAGUUGAAGGAACAUAAGGUGCACGCGAUAGUAUUUCUCAACAUUCCAAGCUACGGUGGCGGUACCCAUCCGUGGAACAAAUCCGGUGGCCAGUACGAACCGGCCACCGACGACGGCAUGAUCGAAGUCGUUGGCCUAACCACCUACCAGCUGCCACUACUACAGGCCGGCGGCCACGGAACCUGCAUCGCCCAAUGCCGGUCGGCCAAAAUCGUCACCUCCAAGACGAUCCCGAUGCAGGUGGACGGCGAAGCCUGCAAGCUGAAACCCUCCAUCAUCGAGAUGACCCUACUGAACAAGGCUGUGAUGUUGGCCAAGCGAAAGCCCGGCCGGGCCAAUGUGCCACAAGAAAAACUGGAAUCUCUAACGAUAACGCUGAUGAAGAUCAACAUGAACGAUUACGAGCAGCAUCACUACGAUAAGGAGUUGCUGCGAUCAUCGGCUGUGAAUUUGGGCUCCCUGGACGUUCCCGUCACCGAUCUGGAACAGAUUCGGGUUCUGGUGAAUCGAUUCUGCGAAGACCAACCGGAUGCGCCCAAGCUGGCGCCCGAAUGGUGUUUCAUCGAUUCAUGUACCGCGGAGCGGUUCUUCCGGAUAGACCGGGCCCAGGAGAAUCUUCACUUCAUCACCGAUAUCGCGCACGAUUGUGUGUUCGUGUUGGAUCAGGAAUGUCCAACGUUACCGCAAACGCCGGAAGAUGAAAGUGGAAGCGGAGGAACCGGUGGAAGUCAUCAGCUGACGGCCAUUCCUCCGCAUCUGAGCAGUCUUGAAUCGAGUGAUCGGGAUUCGAGGGAGUCACCUCAGUCGCCCGGAGCCCGAUUCUUCGCACGAUCGCUGUCCGGACCGGGAUCGGGAAGUGCCUCGGAUACGCUCUCGCCCGCAGUCGACAUUCCAUCGAGAAAGAGUUCCCAAGGAUCUCAGGGCUCCCACGGAUCGCACGGAUCCCACGAGAGUCCCAAGAGUGCGCCGGGUGGUGAACGGUCCGAAAGUCAUCUGGGAGGAGGAGGUGGAUUAGGAGCGGGACUUGGCAACGGCCAAAGUCUGGAUCAGCUAGUCAACUUUAGAAGCUUCCACGAGCGGUUGUUCGGUUUGAACGAAGAUGCCUUCGGAUUCAGUAAUCUGCUGGAGAAGACCACGGAUGCAGUGAUAAAGGCAGCUAAAACGGGUGAUUUGGUUAUGCUGAAGGAUCUCCACAUGCAGGGCUACUCGCUGCUGUCGAUCGAUUCCAGUGGGCAGACGGGGCUCCACUAUGCGGCUCGCUACGGCCACAAGGACAUCGUGCGCUAUCUGAUCUCCUACGCACCGAACACGAUCGUCAACAUGAUCGACAACGAAAUCGGCCAAACGGCCCUCCACAAGGCGGCCGGAACGAAGCAACGCAGCAUCUGCUACAUGCUGGUGGCGGCCGGCGGCAGUCUCAUCAUCCAGGACAACAACGGCCGGACAGCGCGGAUGUUGGCCCUCGAGGCGGAGGACCGGGAACUGGCGGCCUACCUUGAAAAUCAAGAACAAUUCCAACUGGCCGACUACCAGGCGAGUGCGUGAUUCCGGCUUAAGUACUACAAGAAGCUAAGCUAGAAGCCGUCGGCGUGUUCCUCCUGUAUUUUUUUUAAGGUUUUGACUCAUUUGGUUUGUCGUCAGCUGGCACGGAAUUGGAUUUACGGUAAAAGGAAAAAAAGUGAUGAAAAGAGGAAACAGUUUAGGAGGGAUAACUCCUCCGAAAAAGACCAGUGAAAGCCUGAUAGAUUUUAAGAGGGAUUCUUCGGAAGGAUAGUGGGAAUUGGACCUUACAUUAUUGGGGUCGGUGGAAGUUCAACGAGUAGUGGCCCAAACUCGCCGGUGAUUGUUCAUUGUUAUUUAUUAUUAUAAAACAGAAGCAAAACAAAAAAAAACUAUUACUAUUGCUCUAGUUACUACUGUUACUACUAUUUAUACUCUAUAAUUCUAAGGUUAGGACGAAGUUUUAGAGACAGUCAAGAGGGAGCGAAGGUUUAGUUGCUUCAUCCAAAACAUUACGCGCUGUAGCAAAUUUUCCAUUAUAGCUUUCUUGCGCUAUAAUUUUCCAUCAUAUCAACCGUACACUGAUUUACUUCCUCCAAUUCGUGAGAGAUGGAAAGCCUAGGAAAUGGAAUCCAAUCUCGUUCCCGUGUGUUGAGUUCUAGUCAAGCUUUCUCAUCGUAAACUAAUUACCUGCCUAGGUUAUUCAUGAUCGCCUUCUGCAAUAACAUUUUAGCGCCGACAGAACAUUAUUGUGAAUGGCUCUGCCUGCAGCUUCCGGCAGAUUGCACUAAAGAUUUGGGUUUGGCGUGCAUGGCUUCAUCAAAGAACAACGACGAAAGGAACUACUUACACAAACACCCACAUUGAGCAGCGAAUUACUACAUCACAAUGACUAAUUGAGGAAACGACCGGUGAGCUGCGGUGAUAGGAAAGCGAAAUUUACAAAUCCGGUGGAAAACGGUGUGUCCGGAAAGCGUAGCCUAACUAAAGGCGAAGAAUGAUUUAGCAUAAAUGCGGGAGAGUCACGGUGGAAAACCAAAGUUAUGAUUGAGUUGUACGAUUUCGGAAUUAUUUUAAGGGGGAAACGGAAUGAUUUUUCAUCUAAGGGUUGUCAAGAUUGAUGGUUUCUGGCUGAACUGAACUGUUUGAAAAACGUUUGAUACAAAAAGUGUCUUAUCACAAACUUUGUUAUUCACAAACUGUGAUUAUAAACUGACAACUAAGUCAUAAUCAUAGAAUUUGAAAGUUCUAACAUGUAAGUCAAUAUUGUCAAAAUUAUCAGAAUUGUCAAAACUCAAAAUUGGCAAAAUUGUCAAAAUUAUCAAAAUUGACAAAUUUUCUUAAUUGUCAAAAUUGUCAAAAUUAUCGAUAUUGUCGAAAUGAACAAUUUUGACAAAUUGUCAACAUUUUUAAAAAUUGUCAAAAGUGUCAACGUUUUUGAAUCCGGAAUUUCAAAGUUAAAAAAUGGAUUUGAUUUUUUUUUCUGUUUAAUUCGAACAACUUGGGUGAUUGUACCUUAUUCCCAAAUUUCUAUUAAUAUGUUUUUCAGUGUUCAAUUUUCUUGUUCAUUUAAUGAUUUUCCACAAAACUUCCUAAUCUACACUUUCAUCCAACGGAAGCAAGAAUUCGAUAAUAGAUAGAACUAAAAUAGACCAAAGAAAAAAGAUAAAACGGAGAGACAAAACUCAAAACAACAAAUGUAGUUAGGCAAAAUUACCUAUUUCAUCAAUCGUUUUUCCUCUUAGUUCAAAGGAGAAAAAAAUCACAGUCCCCAAAUUCUUCCAUCCAAAAUGGGGAACAUCUGAAUAUAACACAUUGUAAAAAAUCGAAUCAUAAGACUAUUUUCCUCCAAUAAUCAUAUUCAACAUCCGACAAAUUUCAAGUUCAGAACUUGAAAAUUUCAAAUUUUGAGAGGAAAUUUUCCUCAUUAGUAUGAGUGAGUCGUGAGAGUGUGUUUGUUUUUCGAUUAUCCUGGUUUUCUUUAAAUCGAAACCUUUCGAACUUUGGUGUGAAUCUGCAUGAGUGACGCAUUGAAAUAUCACAACACAUAAACAAUCACUAAAAAAAAUCUUACACUGGAGGCUCAUCUCAUCAAAUUGAAAUGAAAAAACCCCGACUGUUGUAGUGGAGAAAAGAUCGAAAAGAGAAGGAGAUGCAAUUGAUCAAGAGAACGAAUGAGAAGUGAAAGGACGAGAAAGAAGAAACAAACUUAAAACGGGUUCCACUGCUUUUUGGAGACAGUGGAAAAGAAUGUGUGUUUGUAUAAAUUUGUCUGAUCUUGAUGACUGCUUGAGUGUGUUUCACAAUGUUUGUUGCAUUUUUCAAAUUCUUCUUUUGACAUUAUUUAAAAAUCACAAAAAAAAUCUUCACGCAAAACACUGAAAACUAUGUGCCCUUAUUGAACUUCUCUGUUCCGUUCUGUGUGUAUUUUUUUCGAGUGUUGAAACUCGCAAAACAAAAAUGCUGUUUUGGUUCAGUUUUUCUUACGGAAAAAAAACGGUUAGAAACCGACCUUUAAAUUUUCUUGAAAAUGAAGAAAUUGCGAAGAAAAACAUCAACAAAAAUAGGCGAGAGACAGUUUCAACAUUUGACUCUCGAAUUUGCUGCUAAAGAAAGAGAGAACGAAAAAAAAACAUUGAAUAAAAGAUGAAAACCAAUGUCAAUUAUUAACGUUUAAUACUAGCCAAGUAAGGUUUAUAGCAAAAUAAAUGAAAACCGAGAAGGAAAUUAGCUAAUGGUUAUUUGGUAAAGUAGUAACCAAAUAAAAAAAAACACACACGCCCUUUUGAAUCAAAAUAACAGUAUAGGUAGAAAACUUUCGACAUAUACUUCAUAGAGACUAGUGUAAUCCAAAUUGACAACUCACAAAAUGAAAAGCAUUAAACAAAGAAAUAAUUGAAUUGUGAUUUUCCUGUGAAACCAAACCUUAAAACUAACAAACGGAAACAAAAAAGAGUUAUAAAUAUUGGAUCGAUCAAGCUAAACAGGCAACAAUCCGAUGUAAAUUUUUCUCAGUGUAUAUUCAUCGCACUAGAUGUAAGAAAGUUUUAUCGUUUGACUUUUUCGGUUAUUGUUGUAGCUGUCAUCAUCGACUACAACAACAACAACAAUCCACUGAUGGCCUCUUAUUUUUGGGUCGAAUUUUCCCAUCACAGGAAUUCCAACCAAACCGGCAACACUUUCCCACAUCAUGUACAGAUUUGUAAAUAUAGUUCGGAAAACCCAAACAAAAAACGAGCUCUCUAAUCCACCACUUGCGAAUUGUGUUUAUUUUUCUCAAAACGAAGUGGAGGGUUGGACGUUUUUCUUCCCAUCUAUCCUCGGGAAAGUGUUUAAUUCGGUUCUGUGAUUGGAGGUAAAAAUCUGGCAGCACUUGCCUAAAGUCAAAUAAUGAAUUGAAAAAAAAAGAGUUAGGAAAUAGCUUGAUGAAAAGCCUUCGUGCCCCUAGGCUUUUUAUACGAACCAUUUCCUGAGAAAUAAGAUUAUAACCUUUAAAAAAAACCUGAAGAGGAUUCAUCCCCUAUUAUUGGAGGGGAAAUUUCGAAGUCCUGGCAAAAUAGGUGAAAAUUUUUUCAACCAAGAUAUUCGUAGUCGAUCUAAUCGUGUAAAAACCAAUAUGUAGUAAUAAGCGUUGAAACCUUUCUUUUUGUUUUUGUUCUCGAAAAAAAAACCAAACUAACAAAUACAAAAACUAGGUUAGCAAGAAAUAAAUAAAUAAAAAAAGACACAAUGGGUGAUAAGUGCAGUCUCGCUCGGGAUUGUGCGCAACUGUAAAUAGAUAAAAUAAAAAAAAAACAAACAAACAAACAUGGAUCAAACCAAUCUACAUACAUAUAAAUUAUUCGCAAAGCAGUACUUUUUAUAUUUAUAAACUGAAGAAGCAAAACUAAAUCAAUUGAAAAUGAUUGAUCAUAAAUCUUAACAACAAACGCCACUGUAAAAAAAAAACCUUAAGAAACCAUCUACUCAACUCUCUACAACAACAACAACAAAAACGCUUAUGACAAUCGUACUGUGACGCUUCUAGAAUGUCUCGAUACCCAAAAGAAGAAAAAAAAUAGAAAAACCUAUCCUUGAAUUUAACCCAUCUUCAACCUUCCUAAGAAACUUAUGGAAAAUCAUCAACUUGGGUUGUUAUUUCUUAGAUGUUAUUUGAUACAUAAAUUUUUCUUUAAUUUUUUACAGUUGGCGAAAACUUCAAUAAAAAUAACUUACAAUCUAACCGUGAUAACAGUUCAGUUCAUCGAAAAUCUUCAUAGUUGGCAGAAGAAAGAUAAAAUUUUUUAGAAACAAAAUUAUAUUUAUUUUCUUUUUUUGAGAGUUUGAUCAAACAACUAGUAACACUCUUUGAUAUUUUGGCAAGAAUAGCUCAAAAAUCCUUUCUUAAGCCUCAAUAUAUUUUUUCAGUAAGUAGAACAUUGUCACAUUUGAAAAUUUAUCGAUUAAUGAUUCCUAAAAAUAUGAUACUUCGAAUUGCUUCUCAGGCUUCCACGGCCGAUGGUUCGUUGAGGGAAAGCAUCCAACCUUCAGAAACCUACAAUGAUUGGCAAUCCACUCCGCUUGCAAUAGUCUCUUCAGAUUAACCCCAGAGGCAUUCUCUUUAUACAAUUAAACAAAUCUUACCUGUCGGCAACUUAUGGGAUUCGAACCCAAAAGUUUUCUUGUCAAUAUCGGGAAUCGAACGCAGUACACCUGGGUUACUAGACUUGUGCCAGACUAUCCACUGAACCACAUCAGCGCUACUAUUGGGGGGGGGUUGAACAUUUUCGGCACGAAAUUGACCUUAUUGUCCGCAUACCACUUCAACACGUCCUUGGAGUAGUGGCAUGCGGCCAAAUCCGGUCAGAAGAUUGUUGUGACGUUGGGGGCCUUCAGGAGAGGAAGCAGCCGCUUCUGGAUACACUCUUUCAUGUAACUCCUGUCCGUUCAUCGUGUCCUGGGUCACGAAAGGUGCGCUCCGCUUCCCGCACGUACAUAUGGCCUGCUACACCAGGAAUUUCUUCGCAAAUUUGGACAUCUUCUAAGUGCGGACAUGCUCCGGAACGCUGAACUUAUCCUUGGACGUGAAAAACAGGUUGCCGGGGAUCUGUAUGAAGUCGGCCUUCACAUAUGUUUCGUCGUCCAUGAUGCAGCAUUCAACUUUCGUCAGCAUGCUGAGGUACAACUUCCUGGCACGUUGGGUUUUGGCGGACUUCUGCUUCUCGUCGCGAUUAGGGGCCUUUUGUACCUUGAACGUUCAAAGUUCAGCCUUAGUUUUUGCCUUCUGGACAAAACUUCGGCUUAGGUGCAUCUUCUUAGCCACAUCCCGAACGAAGGCGUUCGGGUUUCGGUCAAAGGCUCCAAAUACGCGGUUGUGAUCUUUGGUGUUGAACGGAAUACUUUUUCCUUCACUUCUGGGCUUCCGAUCGGUGGUCAAUCGUUUCUCGAACCGCUUAAUUACUCGCGACACCGUAGAAUUCUCGAUUCCCAACGUUCUAGCGAUGGAACGAUGCGUGAGAUCCUUGUUCUCGUGAUGAAUGCGCAAGAUUUUAUCACGCACGAGCUGUUCUUUGGACUCCAUUUUCGCGAGUUUUGAUCCUACCUACCAACCUAAGGGUCCAGCGCCGAUUGACCGGCGCAUAGGGCUGAGAUAAAAGAUCUCCACUGCUGGCGAUCCGGAGCCAGCGUCUUCACUUGCUGCCAGCCGAGGUUCUCGUCAACUGUGCGGAUUUCAGCGGCUAGACUUCGCCGCCACGAGCUUUUGGGCCUGCCUCUUCUUCGAUGCCCAUCUGGACUCCAGUCAAGCGCCUCUCUGCAAAUCUCGUUUUCAUCUCUUCGCAGCGUGUGCCCAAUCCAUCUCCACUUACGUUCCCGAAUCCCGAUUUCUAGCGCCUUUUGAUGACACCGGCGAUGAAGUUCAACGUUUGAAAUCCAGUUGCCAGGCCACCAAGCGCGGAUGAUGUUCCGCAGGCAGCGAUUCACAAAAACUUGCAGUUUUCGCGUCGUCACCGCAUAUGUGCACCAAGUUUCACACCCGUACAGCAAUACGGAUUUGACGUUUGAGUUGAAGAUUCGGAUCUUAGUUCGUAGAGAGAUCUGGCGUGACCGCCAGAUGUUUCGGAGACUCGCAAACGCAAAUCGGGCUUUUCUGAUCCGGGUCUCGAUGUCCUUCUUGGUCCCACCAUCAGGCGUAAUCUGGCUACCAAGAUACUGGAAGCACUCCACUGUCUCAACAUGUUGUUCAGCUACCACGAAAUUGGAACGAUUUUCUGUAUUGAUUUCCAUCGACUUGGUCUUUCCGACAUUGAUUUUGAGACCUGCUGCCUUGGAGCUUUCGGUGAGGUCGUCGAGUUUGCUCUGCAUGUCUUGUUGUGUUUGGGCGAGCAAAACAAUAUCGUCUGCCAGGUCAAGGUCGUUCAGUUGCUCCAUGGUUGAAGGAUUCCACGGCAAUCCUCGGUUUGGUCUACAGUCAAUCGAUCCAGUCAAGAUCUCAUCCAUUACGAUGAGAAAAAGCAGCGGUGACAAAAUACAUCCUUGUCUCACUCCAGCAGUUACCGGGAUUGGUUCGGACAAGACACCGUCGUGCAAGACCUUGCACGAAAAUGCCUCGUACUGUGCUUCGAUGAGAUGGACUAGUUUCUCUGGGACCCCUCGUCGUCUAAGAGCAGCCCAGAUGUUUUCGUGGUUCAGUCGGUCAAAUGCUUUUUCGAAAUCAACGAACACCAGCAGAAGAGAGUCCUGGAAUUCGUUGAUUUGUUCCAGUAUUAUUCGUAGCGUUGUGAUGUGGUCCACACAUGAUCGUCCGGAUCGGAAUCUAGCUUGUUGCCGUCGGAGUGUAGCGUCGAUUUUCUCUUGGAUCCUGUUCAGGAUCACUUUGCAGAGUACUUUGAGGGUUGUACAGAUCAAAGUUAUGCCACGCCAGUUACCGCACUCUGUUAGGUCUCCUUUCUUUGGGACCUUUACGAGGAUACCCUGCAUCCAGUCGGCCGGGAAUGUUGCAGUAUCCCAAAUGUCAGCGAAUAGACGGUGCAACAUUUGUGCUGACAAGGCAGGGUCGGCUUUGAGCAUUUCAGCAGGAAUGCAAUCGAUUCCAGGCGCUUUGUUGGAUUUCAUGUCCUUGAUUGCCGCUUCUAUUUCAGCCAGCGAGGGCGCUUCCGAGUUGACGCCAUUAAUGCGACUUACUGUGGGCGCCUCGAGCUGCGGGUUCUGUUGGCCAUUGCUAUUCGUAACUCGAAAAAGUUGAUCAAAAUGCUCAGUCCAACGCUUGAGCUGAUCUGUUCGAUCUGUCAGCAGCUGACCUGCUCGGUUUUUCAGCGGCAUUCUUGCAUUAGUCCUUGCACCACUAAGGCGGCGAGAAAUAUCAUAUAAUACAGUUUUGAUCACCGGACUUUAAAUCAUUCAGGAUGUAAACAAUGCACUAUGAAUUAAAUCCAGACAUAUUUUCAUUAAAUUCUACUCAAAGGUUAAAAAGUUAGAGCAAUUUCAUAGUCCGACAAUUUCAUCGUCGGCACCCUUUAGUUGAUCCGGAGUUUAUUAAAGUGGCAUGAAGAAUAAUUCUUGUGUUUCGUGAGGGCCUUCCUCCACGUUCUUCACAUGCAUCUCUCCAUGCAACGAAGAAAAUUUGUCGAUAUUCGUCUCAUCGAAGCCAUCGAUGAGAUCGAUAGCAACAAACGCAUUGCUUCGAUGUGACGAAUAUCAACACUCCUCCUCAACACACGCAUUCUGCAUUCUUCUAACUGCCUUCGGCGGCUUCCCCUGAAGAUGGGGCUACUCCUCAUAAACGCACGCACCGGAACACGCUCUUGCCCCUGUAGCAACUCGAUGACCUUCCAUGUCACCAGUUCGACAACCUCCACCGGGAUCUGGCACGACGACCUUCGAGUGGCCUCCGAUCCGACGACCUCCCAAUGGCUCUGAACCGACGAUCUUCCAUGGCUCUGGUCUCGUCGCUCUUCCUGUGGCUCAAAGCUCUCCGCCUCGACGCUCCUCUCGAGGCCUGACGCCUCCCAGUGGCUCCAGCCCAACGUCCUUCACAAUGCUUUCCGGUUCGACGUCCUUCCAUGGCACGCACCGGCUUGACGACCUUCCGUGGUUCCCGACUCGUAAGUUCUCCAGAGGCUCCCGGUCCGGCGAUCCUGGCUUCCAACAUGACGGCCUUUCACGACACCGGCCCCGCCAACCUUCCAUAGCUUCCGGCACGACAAACCACCAGUGAUUCCGGUCCGCUCCCAAUAGCUCCAGACAAACGACCUCCCAUGUCACCAGUUCGACGACCUCCCUCCCGUGUCUCCUGGCCUGUCGACUUCCACCUGGCUUCCCGGUCAAACAACCUUACACGGUUCUGGCUCGACGACGUUCCUCUGGAUUCCCGGCGCUGGCUUGCCCUUCCAUUGGCUUCCUCCUGGCUGGAUACCACUACCGAUUCAACUCUUCUCCUCCUUUCCACCAAUGCUGGGCCCAUAACCUGUAGUUGGAUGCACUUUGGGUACUGUACGACUUGCUGGUAGAACUUGGAGUACUUUAUUUUCUCCAAUUGGCUUCUUUUUAUACAUACAAAUCUCUUAGCGUUUACUUUGAACUGCGUGUGUUGUUUACAUGCACCCAGAGCAGGAGAAUGCCAACAAAAUUGAUCGGUUUCUUCAGUGGCAAACAGUGGGAACGACGACAACAGGCACAUAAAAGUGAAAGUCGGAACAACGGAAAUAUGGUGUGUUUUGAUCAGCUGUGCCUGCCAGGCACGUACGAAAAUCCAGAUUUGACGGCGCGGAGCUUGAACAUCAACAGCACCAAAUGUGCUCGGAAAGGAUAGUCGAGGCAAAAGGCGCCACGGCAUUUUCUUUGGUGUCCUCUGACGCACCCGGAACAGCAACAGCAUCAGCAGCGGCUUUUCGAUUUCGUCCGCUGGCGAAACAACAAGAAUCUCGACUGGAAGCUACAGAGGUCUGACUUUUUUUCAUAUAAAAACAUGUAUUCCACACUGCUCGCUACUAAAACUCUUUAUAAGGAUUUCUUCACCUAGCGCCAAGAUUUUCAUAACUGAGCCACUUCCCUACCACCAAUUGCUCGGCAAGGGUCAGUAAGAACCUUUGUCUGUGGACUUCCAAGACCAAGGCGAAUACUGCUAACCACUCAGUAACGGAUCCUCCGUGACGUACUGAAGCUUUGCACAACGAAGCACUUUGGUUUAGAGAUGGAUUCACAGCCUCAGUAGGCUUGGAGCUUGACGAAUUCGGAGGCGAUUGAAGCGCUGCCGCUUGGUUGAUGGGUUUGCAUCUAUGUGAUUUAUCUAUAGGUGGGGACAACCACAAACUUUAGCAUUAGCGUUGUAUCCAUACAGUUGUUUAUGAACAAUUGUGACGUAACGCGACGCUAUCACGGAGUCAAGUGUUAAGCGCCCAAAUGUAUAGUCAUGGAUACUUUUAAGGAGGAAUGUUUGGGACGCAAAUAAAGUUGUUUAUUAUUUAGAACAAAUAGCUUCGCCGUCAGGAAGAAAAAGCGUGAAGGAAAGGGUGCUUUAAUUGUGAUUUAUGAAAUCGCAUGAAGCUUUGUAUGCGGUCGGUGAAUGGCGACUACAACGUCGAGACGCUCAUGAAUGUUUGUGACGUAGCAAUCAAAACAUUGAAAAAAAACUGAUUUUCACACUCCUGCAAGGGUACUCUUGUCCCCACCUAUAGAUAAACCACAAAGGGGUUUGCAUUAGUUCAAGUGAGCAACUGCAACUACAAUUUCAUCCAACUUUUGAUAGAUCUUACGGGUUUUUAUUAAGGAGAGAAAGACUAUCUCUGGAUUCAUCACCCUUUUUCGCCGUAGAAUCGAGAACACUCGCCUGUUAAACUCACUUCUGUUUUUACUUAAAUUAACAUCCCAUGUAACACAUCCUGUAGUAAAAACUUCUCAGCUUUACGAUGCAGUACCGGCAAUGACCCAGAAGUGGCACUGAUAAAGUCUGGAACGACAACGAAAAGUGAGCGGGAGUUCCGAGCCAAUCUUGAUUUUUAUUUUUGCCAAGCAUGUUUCUUGUUGUGCAGAUGGUUCGAUUUGAUUAGGUACUAAAGGGCGAAAACGAAAUUAUUGCCACACCGAAAACGUCAUGCCAAUUUGCUUAUACCUACUGUUUAGAAUCAAACCAAAAUUUAAAGGGUAGUUUUAUACUUAUAUUUACUAAAAAAAAAAAGGUAAUUGAUGGAGCCUUGAGUGUAAAAUUGAACGCAUUUUCGCUUGAUGCCCUUCGUCAAAGUCUUCACAGCGUCAUCCAGUACCAGUUUUUCAGUUUUUUUCCGUUUUCUUAACAUGUCUUUUUUGUCUUUGACUGUCUUCUUGCUCUUCCGAAGUUCCCGCUUCAUUUUUGCUCAGUUCAGCUGCACCGAGCGCAGCUCCGGACAGUUUGGCGGGUUCAUGUCCUUUGAAACAAAAUGGACAGAACUGGCCUCAUACUACUCCAGGACACUUUUAGGAUUGUAGAUCUCAUUUGCUGUGCCAUUUGUCACGAAAGGCUCACUCCUCAGUCCGCAAGAGCAGAUGUCCUGCCAAACGAGGUUUUUGGAGGCGAACAUUUUCUUCUUAAAUUUUUUGUUCACAUCGAACUUGCUCUUGCCUGGUGAAAAUCUCCAACCCCGGAAUUUGCUUAAAAUCGGCUUUAUUAUACGUUUCGUCGUCCAUGACACAGCAGCCAUAUUUUGUCAGCAUCUUUCGUAGAGCUUCCGUGCCCGAGUUUUAGCCGUCGAUUGUUGCCGCUCAUCGCGGUUUGGGAUGUUCCGUACCUUGUAUGUAUGUAGUCUCGCACUUUUCUUUGCAUUCUGGACGUAGCUCUGCGACAUGUCGAUCUUUUUAGCCAAAUCAUGGCUUAAGACGUUGGGAUUUACUUCAAUCAUCCGCGUCAUCUUUCCCUCCGUCUUUUUGUUCUGCGGUCCCGGUUUUCUUCCAGUUCCUUUGCCGUGGUCCAACGUCAACCGCUCCUGGAACCGCUUCAACACUCUGGAGAUGGUUGAAUGGUGAAUGUUCAACAUUUUUCCCAACUGCCGGCCGGUGCGACAGGUUAGUAAAUUCCAGGUGUUUGGAAAGAACUUGUUCUCUCGACUCGCGUUGGUUCACCUCCAUUUUCGUUGCAUCGAAAAACACGACUUCGAGUUUGACAGCAUGUAAACAAUACACAUCAAUGAGAUAGUGGGCAAAAUUUGGUUGAUUUUUACCCAAUGGUAAAAAAGUUAUUCGUUUUCGUUUUGAGAAAGUGCGGAAUCUUCUUUCUCACCCUGUAUAGCAUUAGUUUAUGCUAUUACCACCCCUUUUGGAGUAAAUUGAGAGGACUUGACUGAAGAGAUUUGAAGCAUACAUUCAUGGGAUCAUUUUGGCGGCCUGAAAUUGUCUUUGGACCGGCUCGAAGCCAUGAGUUUGCAAGCUUCAAAUCCAAACCGACCAUCAAGUUAGGUUCAGCUGAAUGGCUCUAGGGUCACUCCAUCUCAAGAGAACUGGAACCGGAAGAUCGAUCCCUGCAAUUCAACAAAAAAUGCAUCCCUCAUUAUGGAUUUCUCAUCCUGUUACAGAAGAGGGUUUUGUAAGGAAUAUUUUAGCCAUUCUUGAACGUUGAGAACCAUCAAGUCGCUGUAGUGCUCAGACAACUUCUUCUUUUUCUGUGGCCAAUAGUUAUACCCGGUAUUGAACCGAGUCAGAAUUUCUCUGUGAUUUUCCAGUCCUUAUUCAAAUUUUAAAUGUUAAGAUUUAUUCUUAGUUUGAAUUUUUGACUUUAUUUAUAGUUUGGAUAAUUUUUUCUAAUAACUUUGUGUAAUUUUCAAUUCAAAAUCGAAAAAGUAGAUCAGACGUUUGAUUCUAAAUGUCGAAAUGUUUGUUCAGACUUUAUUAGAAGAACUAUCAUAUUCCAUCUCAUUGAAUAUUUUUGAAAACUAGUUCCCAAUCUCGAAAAAUAAUUCCGAUCGUACAACAGUCAGCAGAAAGCCUCAAUAACCGAAACAAAAACCCUCUGAAGCAGAAGUUAAGAAUCGAAAAACCCGGCAAUCACAAGAAAAACAAUGACAAAAAGUGAAAGUAGAAACAUACAGAAAAAAUAGCAACCAAAAUAACACUUGUAACGGAAAACUUUAAACUUUGAUAAUAUGGGUGUAAAGCAAAGAAAAAAUAUUAAUAUCAAACAUUGUGAUCUAUUUAUUAAAACAGAAGAAGUGGUUCAAGUAGUAGGAAAAAAAAAAAAAUUAUCGAUGUGCAGUUUUUCCUCCGUUAUUUUUCUCUCUCCGUUUUCGAACUUAAUUAACAAGGAAAAAAGGAACUCGAAUUGAGUAACUGGAUAAAAUACGGAACUACAAUAUAUUAUGAGUAUUCUUUAAAGAGAAGCCGAGCGUGUGUGUUGGUGACAGUCACUAACCAAAACAACUAACACAGAAAGAAAAAAAGAACAAAAGAGGAAACAGUGUACAUAUUUACAAAAGUUGACAAUUUAUCCUCACGCAUUAUAGCAAAAAAAAAUGGAAAUGGAAACAGACGAAGAAAAAAAACUUUUUCGGACAAGUUAGUUGAGAGAAGAUAAACAAGAACAACAACAACAGAAAAAAAAACUUUAAACUACUAAAUAGAAAUAGAGAUAUAACAAUAGUAACCACAAAGAGAAAAAACCAGUCAUGACCAAUCACAGAUUUUAAGCACGAAUUUUUGUACUUCCUCUGUGCACCCGGUUUUGAGCCGUUUUGAGAAAAAAUAAACCCACUUUACAAUCACAUUUACAUCUGACAGAAAAAAAUAUGAAACAACAGAUGAUUGAGAGAGCGGAAAAGUGAAAGAGAGUAAGAGCGUGUGAGUAGAAAGCGAGCCAACUUCAUCAACCAAUCACAAAGAGAGAGAGAGGGAGAUACUCACAUUAAUCGCACUUCGAUGUCGUUUCAGUUUUGUUUCCAUCCAUCGACAAAAAAGAGAGAAAAACUAAACGAAACAAGACUAUCCCGAGAAUAAGAAAAAAAACAAACCCACUGCACACGCUUGCAGAAUUCUAAAAAAAAGUGGUUUAAAACUAAACAAAAAUUAUCGAGAAAACCUUGAGUAGAACUUACUUAGUGUAAGAAGCUAGGAUAAAGGGUCCAAAAAUCGUAGUGGUGACGGGUGAGAUGAACGACUAAACUGAAACAAACAACAGACUAUUCAAAGUUUGCAAGGGAAAUAUCGGUUUAGAUUAAAUAGACACAAGACAACUAAAUAGAGUUUGUUAAACCGAAAAGGAAAAAAACUAAUAAGCUCAUAAUCCGGUAAAAACAAUAGAAUUUAUCACAUAGAAAUGGGAGAAAAACAAUAGUUGAACGUAGAAGAGUAACCGAUUCGAAGAAAAGAGUCAAAAAAAUAUUUUUUCAUCGAUGAAAACCAACUGAGCAAAAACAACCAAUAGAUUUUGGAAGGUCCUCUCUCCGAAAAAGAAAAUUUUGGAUUACCUACCAACUUCUUUUUCUCCCUCAGAGUAAAAUUUACCCCCUUAUAGCAAAGUAUAAGAUUAAUGCCACCACACUUAUUGUAAAGCAAAGCAAAAAUCACCAAAACAGAUUUUUAUCACACCGUUUUUUGUAACACGCAAACAGCACCGCAAACGUUUUUGAGCACCAUGUGCAGUACAGUUUCAUGACCAUUGUCAAUCUUCUCUUGAGAUUCAUAGCGUUUUUUUCCUCCAAUCAAAUCCUAGUCGAUAAUCUGAAUCCUCAAGAUGAAACCAGUUUAAGGUUAUUGAACGAUCAAAAAGUAACAGUGUAAUACAAGUUCUAGCAAAAGUUUAAAACUUUUCUUGAGCUGUACCAGUUUAAGGUUUAUUCUUAAAAAUUCUCAAACGUUCUCUAGAACGAAAACAACAAACCAAAACAAGUUUGAAAACUAUCAACAAAAUUUACAAACUUCAAUAAGGUUAUUAAAGACGUUAUUUGAAGUUUCGAAUCACUGGUGACUUCGUGUUCAUCCUGUUGCCUACCUUACAGGCGCAUUUUUCUUAUAUCGAUAUUUUAUCGAUCAAAAAUAUUUUCUUUAAGUUAGGCACAAUUUCAGAGUUUAUUCAUCCAAAAAAUUGUUUGUUAAUAUUCUAGUAAACACGAAAAAAGAUUGCCUGAAAAAUUGGAGUUGUUAUUCCGAUUUGAGCUAGGAAUUAGAAAUUUAAUUUUUAUAAAAGUUCAUUCUAAUAUGAAUUUUAAAUUAGAGUCUGAAUUCCUAAACUUGGCUCAAGACUCGGAAUUUUGGAAGAGAUAUUCAACAUACAAUACUUUAACUGGUACAUCGUUUAACAAAAAAAAAUAACAGCCUUCAAAUUCAUAUCAAAUCUUUUACUCCAAUCUAGGGAAGAAAAAUCUUCAUCAAAUAACAAACCUGGGAUCAACCACAAACUUCCAUCUUUGACCUCACGAAAUUUCUCCUUUUCUACAAGUACCUUCUCCUCAAAAUUCAAACUACCAAUUACCAGUUUCGAAAUUUCUUACAUCACUUAGAAAACCUUUAAAAACAAUAGAACAAAGUUAAAUUUAAUCCAAAAUACAACCAAAGGCAAAACUUCAUCGAAAAUGGAAAUCAAAAAUCAAAAUGAAAGGGAUGAAACGAAGGUUUGACAAAAAAAAAAAACAACAAGCUCGAUAAAACUAGACGUAACAACUGAAAACUAACCAAAACAAAAACUAUUACUACUACUAGAGAAAAGAAGAAAAAAAACAUUCCAGCCUUAGAUUUGUACGAAGUCAGUCACUACGAAAGAGAAUCGGUUAACUGUAAAUCGCUAAAAUAUUUAUUACAUUGCUCUAUUGUAUUGUUAAUUUUAUUCGACAAAAACCAGUUUAGCUCCUCACACACACGUGUACACUGACAAGAUCACACUCAAACAAAAACACACCUUAGCCUUAUCGAAAAUUAGUAGAAAAUGAAACCUAGUUCGAAAACUAAACUAAUGCCACUCUUAGAGCACUAAACUUACUUCAACUAUCACUAGUAAAAUGAAAGUAAAUGGCGAUGAGAUAUCGAAACAAAAAAUUAAGAACGGAAUUGGUGAAGUGUGUAAAGAGGACCUUCUAAGAAUGUUCCUUAACCUUCGUCAGAUUCUCUAGAAGUGAUCCUAAAAACUAUUGAAAACAAGGUAUUCAAAUUCCGUACCUAAUUCAAGGGAAUUGAGAAAAAGUUGGAUUAGUUCCAAGACACAUACUUUCACACUUGUCCAAAAUCUUUCCCGUUGGUUUGAAAAUUUCAAUCAGUCUGAUUUUCUCUCCUCAAUUCGUAGUCGAAACAUCACAAACUCAACACCGAAAUUUCUUUGAGCGAAAAAAAAACACAACACAAAACGGCAAUCACGAAAAUUCAAUUUACAUGAAAAAAAAACACUUUUACAAAGAUACACAAUCGGACACAAACAUACACGCAAACACAAGGCCCUAUUCUAAAAGAAAAACAAGCUAAAACUGAACAACAACUAAACUGAAAGAGAAGCAAACGAAUAUACUUACUUUAAUAGAGCCAUUACUAAGAUGAUGAAGAUGAAGAUGAUGAAAAAGAAGGGAAGACUAAAGCUAAAGGGAAAAAAAUACAAAAAUAAACUGUAAAACUCUUGAAUCUCACUAAA